GGGACAAACAUCUCAAAGCUCAGGCUGUGUAGGGUGUACUUUGGCGAAGAAAAAAUGUCUAAAGCAAUUACAUCUUUAGUUUCUAAAGCUCCCACGCUAGCAAAAGGAUUUUUAGAUUCAUCUCGUCCAAAGCUGAACACUUUCCUAAAGUAUGCAAGAGUUGAAUUGGCUCCUCCUAAACCUUCAGAGUUCCCUCAAGUUGUCCAAGGGUUUAACAAACUAAUGAACUCUGCUAGAACUGGAAGUUGGAAAAAUAUUCCUGUUAGAGAGGCCUGGCUGAAUACUUUGAUAGCACUGGAAAUUAGCUUCUGUUUUUUCAUUGGAGAAUGCAUUGGAAAAGGAACUAUUAUAGCCUACCAGGUGUAGAUAUUGGAACAUUUCUUGGCAUGUAGAGGAAAUAGUACGACAUUGAGAUGAACCUGUUAGAUAAAAGUGUAGAUGAAGUUGUAAACUGAAUAAAUAAAAUAACGGAAAAUACAUUGUAUCAUGUUACCCACCUGGUCCGUUUUGAAUAGAAAAACAAAACAGAAAAUAAAGUGAUAAACACUAAACA